AAGAGGUCCUACGUAGGCAGCGGAGGCCCCUGCCAGCUCCUCCCAGAAGGACGGGUCUGGGGGAGCAAGCCGGCUAGGAAGCUGCUCCCCUCCGGGCUCUGAACGCCGGCCGGCCAGAGGCCAGGAACCAGCGGCGGCCUGCAGGCCUCCAGGCUUCGCAGACCCUUGUUUUUCCUGCGCAGUUAGGGGCCCCGCGCCUGGGGCGAAGAGCUCGGCCCACCCAGUGGAUGUUCGAAACAUCACCCGCCUCCGGCCCUCUUCUCUCCUCCGAAGGCCUCCCCGCCAGGAACGCUGAACUUGCACCCUCUCGGCCCCGCGGAAUUCGGACUUCGUCAUCCUCACCCCACUGCAUGUGGCUCUUGGAGAAAGCCGGCUACAGGCUGGGAGCCCCGGAGUCCGGGCCCCGAUGGGCGCCGUCCAACCUGCUCCCUAAGCGCCGAGGAGCCCAGGGCCCUCCCGCGCGCGCCUGCCCCAAUGUCCUCACCCCGGACCGCAUCCCGCAGUUCUGCAUCCCGCCUCGGCUCCCGGCCCCCAGCGGCCCCCGGCCCCCCGCCUGCGGCGGCGGCGGCUGCUGCGUGGUGCUGCGGCUGCGGCCGUGCGUCCGGCCGCGCGCCCAGCGGAGCCGCGUGGUUAAGUGCAGCGCCAACCCCAUCUUCAACGAGGACUUCUUCUUCGACGGGCUGGGCCCGCCGGACCUGGCGGCCCGCAGUCUGAGGGCCAAGGUGCUGGACAGGGGCGCGGGCUUCCGCAGAGACGUGCUGCUGGGGGAGUGUGAGACGCCUCUUAUUGCCCUGCUGCCCCCCUCGGGUGGGGAGCUGUGUCCGGGGGCCUCCCUGGCGCCCGCCCAUCUCAAUCUGUAGUCUGAGGCCCUGUCUUUUCCUCAGGAGGCCUCUACUAGGUCUGCAGUAUUCAUUCGUUUCAUCCGCCCAGCCUGUAUUUAUUUUUGCUAAUAAAGUGUCUGUUUCUA